AUGGAGGAUGAGGGAGAUGAUGAAUCAACAGAAGAAAACUUCAUACAGGUGGCUAGGGAUGGGGAUCUAUCACCUACAGCUAGUGCUAAAGGAGUGGAGGAUACUGAGCAACAGGUGACUGUGAGAGUGCUUCACCAUGACCUAGGGCAGCACGUGAUGAUGACAUUUGUUUAUGCAAAAUGUUCAGCAAAUGAGAGGUUGGAAUUGUGGGAUCACUUGUAUUACUUAGCAAGUGAUAUGAAAUUGCCAUGGUUGGUAGGAGGGGAUUUCAAUGUGAUAUUACAUGAAGAUGUGAAAAUAGGAAGACUUCCGGUACACUCACCUGAAAAUGAGGAUUUUGCAUUUUGUGUAAAUUCUUGUGGUUUAUUUAAGCAAGGAUACAAAGGAAGUCCAUUUACAUGGUGGAAUGGGAGAUCCAAUGCUGCAUGUAUAUUCAAAAGAUUGGAUAGGAUCUUUGUGAAUUUUCCAUUUCAGAGCAUGCUGCCAACUAUUGAAGUUGAACAUCUAAUCAGAACUGGAUCAGAUCAUGCACAUUUGUUAAUGACAUGUGGGGAGCAGACCACCAAUUUUGUCAAGCCUUUCAGGCAUCCGUUUUUGAUGUUCAAGCAGAAGCUCAAGAGGGUAAAGGCAGCACUGUCAAAAUGGAGCAGGGAAACAUUUGGUGAUAUAUUCAACCAAUUGGCUAUUUUUGAGGACAUUGUUAGGGUGAAAGAGAUGUUGUUUGAAGAAGAGCCUACAAUUGAGAACAGGAUUGUGCUUCAAAAGGCUCAAUCUGAAUUGAAGAAAUACUUGAGUAUUAAGAAGCAGUGUUGGAAGCAAAAAGCUAGGAUGACUUGGUUUGCUGAAGGAGAUAGGAAUACAAGUUUGUUUCACAAUCAUGUCAAUGGCAAAAGAAAGAAAUUGCAACCGAAGAGGAUCAAAAGUGGAAGUGGGGUAUGGAUUGAAGACCAGGAGCAAUUGGCUACAGCUGCAGUGGACUUUUAUCAUGAACAGUUCACAAAUGAAGGUGAUGCAUCUGACUUUUCCGUGCUCAAUAAUGUACCUUCGAUUGUCACUAUGGAACAGAAUUUGGAACUUAGCAGAUUACCAACAAUUAAAGAGGUAAGGACAACAAUUUUUGAGCUUAGUGGGGAGAGUGCUACUGGUCCAGAUGGAUUCACUGGCCUAUUUUAUCAAACAUGUUGGGAUGUUAUUGUUGCUAAUAUACACAACAUGGUGCUACACUUCUAUGGAAGAGCUGCACUGCUAAAUCCAUCACUCACACCAAUCUAG